AUGGAUAUUGUGGCUCGAUGGAACCACCCGGGUCUCCUGGACCAGCCGGAGCUUUGCAUUCAUUCCGUCUUUGCCAAGCAAUGUCUCCAAUAUCCAAACGCAGAAGCCGUCCAUGCUUGGGACGGGUCGUUGUCCUAUGCAGACGUGGAUGCGUUGUCUGGCGGCAUAGCAGAUCAUCUGACAUCUCUGGGCGUAGUUCCCGAGAAUGUGGUACCGAUUUAUAUGGAAAAGUCAAAGUGGGUCGUAGUUUCGAUUCUGGGAGUCCUUAAAGCGGGCGGAGCAUUCACACUUCUUGAUCAUUCUUUCCCUUUGGAUCGCGUGAGGAUGAUGUGUAAUGAUGUCGGAGCGUCCGUGGUCAUUACCUCUCGCUCGUUGAUCCCCAAAGCGAGUGCUCUGGGCCUCGAAAUUUUUUUGGUACCUGACAACCUGGCCAGCGCCGCGACUGUAGCGUGCUCGGCUCGCUUACCCGUGGUCAAACCAAGGAACGCCGCUUAUAUUGCUUUUACCUCUGGAUCGACUGGAAAACCUAAAGGCAUUGUGGUGGAGCACCGAUCGUUCUGUGCCAACAUGCUGGCCAACCAGCGAAUGCAUAACCUGGACGAGACAUCGCGGGUUCUGCAAUUUGCCUCGUUUGCUUUCGAUAUCAGCAUACUGGAGCUACUGAUGCCGCCGAUGGUAGGGGCAUGUGUAUGCAUUCCGUCUGAGGACCAACGGGUGAACGCUCUAUCCAGUACUAUCGAGGAAUUUGAGGUGAACUGGCUGGAGCUCACACCAUCAGUAGCAAGGUUGGUGUCACCAGACUCUAUUCCGCGCGUCAAAACACUUUUACUUGGUGGCGAACCAAUGAAUCCGCAUGACCUGCGUACCUGGCUCAAACACGUCCAAUUAAUUGGGGCGUACGGUCCAGCCGAGUGCAGUGUUGUCACGACCUUGCGCCGUCACACCGAUGACUCGAAUAUAUCCAACAUCGGCCGUGCGCAUGGCGGCCACUGCUGGAUUGUUAAUCCUGAAGACCAUGAUCGACUCUCCCCAAUUGGAUCUGUUGGCGAGUUGGUGAUUAGCGGCCCGCUGGUUGCUCGCGGUUAUAUUAACCAGCCUGAUCAGAUGGCGUUCAUCCAACCGCCAAAAUGGGCCUCGCUCUUUCAUAUAUCACCCAACGAGAGGUUCUACAAGACAGGCGAUCUUGUACGAUGGGACCUGAACGAAGACGGAUUACAGUUCAAAGGGCGAAAAGACACGCAAGUGAAGCUACAUGGACAGAGGCUGGAGCUGCAAGAGGUCGAGUACCAAGCGGAGCAAUUCAGACCUGGUAGUAUGGUAGCUGCAGCUGAGGUCCUUGAACUGGACCAUGGUAUGGACGCCAAAAUACUUGCUUUGUUCCUAUCGGACAGGGAAAGUUAUCCAUCAGGAAGCCAAGUGCCCCCUGUCACUCGGCAAGUCAAGUGCUGUGAAUGGAUUUCCGAAUUGCAGGCUUGGUUACAACAAAAACUUCCGAAGUAUAUGGUGCCAACUUUGUAUAUUCCGUUGGAAAGUCUACCAAUAAGCCCAACCGGGAAGCUUGAAAGGCGAGUGCUGAAAGAGAUCGGACGGAAACACGCAGUCUCUAGAUCUCUGUCUCGUGAGCCUGGUCCCGGUAAAGUGCCGGGAGACGACGCUCGUCCUCUGUCUAAGAUAGAGAGAUCAUUGAAGCGUGUCUUUUCCGGGGUGCUCGGUGUCCCCGAAGGUGCAUUUGUGCCGGAAGAUGCGUUCUUCUCAUUAGGAGGGAAUUCGGUCACAGCCAUCAAGGCCGUCUCCCGCGCGAGGGAAGAGGGAUUGGCCCUGAGCGUCGCCGAUAUCCUAUCUCUACAGACCGUGUCUCGACUAGCGAAAAUUGCUCGCAAAACAGAGGCCUUAGAAGCCAUUCCCCGUUUUAGCCUGAUUGCGAAUCCUCGGGUGAAUAUCGGCGUUGCUGCUACCCAAUGCCAAGUAGAAGCGGAACAUAUUGAGGAUAUCUAUGGCUGCACACCGGUGCAGGAGGGGCUGAUGGUGCUUUCUACCAAGCGUCCUGGAUCACUUGUGGGACAGUUCUCGUUCUAUGUACCAGGUGACGUUGGAUUGGACCUCUUAGAAGCGGCCUGGAACCAAGUAGCCAUAUCCAACCCUAUCCUGCGCACGCGAAUUGUGGCAGGAGAGAAUAACAGGCUAAUGCAGGCCGUAGUGAAAGGGGUUCCAAGACUUAUUCACCGGAGAACUUUGAGGGAGUGCGUCGAUGCCUUGAGCCCAGAGCCAAUGCAACUUGGGGAUCCUCUGACUCGCGUGGCUUUUGCUGUGACCGGCGACGAGAGUGAUUCCGGACCCGUACUUAUCCUUGCAAUGCAUCACGCCGUCUUCGAUGGCCGGUCUUAUAUGUGCAUUCUGGAGGAUCUUCAUAAUGCAAUGCUGGGCGGCUUGGUUGCUUCGCGACCGCAAUUCAAUCAUCUCAUUAAGCAUAUAGCCCAAUUGGAUCCAACUCCUGCAAUGUCAUAUUGGGCCCAGGAGUUUGAUGGUCUUCAGGCUCCGGUGUUUCCUACCCCCGUCGAACAUUGGACUCCUACAGAGAAACCGUGCAUUGAAAAGAAAAGCUUUGCAUUGGGAACGAUCCACGAUGGAGGCAUUACACUCACAACCACUCUCCGCCUUGCAUGGGCGAUGGUUCAAUCCUCCCAUACCUGCUAUAAUGACGUUUUUUAUGGGAUGACGGUGUCCGGAUGCAACGCCCCCAUACCCCAGAUUGAGGAAAUAGCUGGUCCAACGAUUGCGACAUUUCCCACCCGCGUUCUAAUCGAUCCAGACCAGUCUGUUCAGGCGGCGCUGGACUCAAUUGUGCAAAAUGAUAUUGCUCGUAUACCGUUCGAGCAGGUGGGACUCAGCAAUAUUUGUCAAGCUAGCGAGCGGGCAGCUUUCGCCUGUGGAUUCCAAACGUUGCUCAUCAUCCAACCAAGCCGCAAUGAAAGCCGCUGGCCUACUUUACGGGAUCUACCGAGGAAUUUCGAACAACAGCAGGGGUUCAACACCUGUUCAUUAACGAUAGUUAUUGAGCUAGGAGCUAAUUCUGUCAAUGUUGAGGCCAUUUUCGAUGGGUCUAUAUUGACAAAGCAAGAUACACAGUCCCUGUUAAACCGGUUUGAAGUCAUCCUGCAGCAGAUUAUGGCGGAUACCGACCCUGAACGAGUUCUUCUCAGCCACUGGAGUCGGCCCCGCGUACUGGAACACCCUUCGUACAUACACGACCUUAUUUUCAGCUGGGGUUCAGCAAACCCAGCAGCAGAGGCUGUUCGUGCAUGGGACGGCUCAUGGUCGUUUGGUCAGCUACUUGAUGUUUCGCGUGCGCUCGCUAGCCAUCUAGGCAACCUUGGCGCUUGUCCCGAAACCUACGUCGCUGUUUAUAUGGAGAAAUCCAAAUGGUACCCCGUUGCUCUGCUGGGAAUAUUGCUAACGGGAGCAGCUUUCGUCCUUUUGGAUACGAACUUCCCCGUGGAUCGCCUACAGAGGAUAUGCAGCGACGUAAAAGUGAAAACUAUAGUUGCCUCGCAACUCAUGUCCGAAAAGUGCUCUAGCUUGGGUAGUACCACUGUUCUUAGCGAACAGACUGUGCGCCUGUGGGAGAGAACUACGUACGGCGGGUUUUCAAUAGGCUCUCACAGUGGGGCAUACGUCGCGUUUACCUCUGGUUCUUCAGGGACGCCCAAAGGCGCCGUUAUUGAGCAUGCAAUGCUUUACCAUACGUUUGCCGCGUUCCGAAAAGUGUGCUCACCUCCUCCAGGGUUCCGCAGUCUAUUCUUCUCAUCCCCAGCCUUCGACAUUGCAGUAAUGGAAGUAUUAUUUGUUCUUGCAUGCGGCGGUUGUCUAUGCGUUCCCUCAGAAGACGACCGAUUCAACAAUCUGCCCGGGGUAAUAAGACAGCUUGGGGUUAAUUUCCUCAUUCUCACUCCAUCUGUCGCGAGAACCUUGGCCCCAUCCGAGAUUCCGUCCGUACGCACGAUGAUCCUGUUGGGCGAGGCUGUUCUCGCCUGCGAUAUCACAACCUGGUCGGACGCAAUGUCCUUAUAUGUUGGGUAUGGUCCAGCCGAAUGCACACUGCUAACCACAAUGUCCCGCCUCGAUCGAGUGGACCCAGGACCACCGAAGAUUGGAAACCCGUUGAAUGGCUCAUGUUGGGUAGCUCACCCAAGCGAUCACAAUCAGCUCGUGCCCAUUGGUGUGGUCGGAGAGCUUAUAAUCGGAGGACCGAUUGUUGGGCGUGGUUAUAUUGGACGACCCAAGGAGAGUGCCGCAGCUUUCAUUAAAAACCCGACAUGGGCUGCUGAGUUCGGGAUCCCCGGAGACCAACGUCUGUACAAAACUGGGGAUCUAGUGAAAUACAACUGGGAUGGCAGUUUACGAAUUAUCGGUCGCAAGGACACCCAAGUGAAGCUGCGUGGGCAGCGAAUCGAGCUAGAAGAGAUUGAACAGUGCGUUCGGAACUACAAAUCCAACAUGACAGCCGUGGCAGACGUGCUUCAAUUCAGCGACACUCCAGGCCAACAAGUUGUGCUAUUUAUCAACACCGAUGACGCUAUGAGGACCACCGAAAAUGCCCAGUCCAAGGAACAGGAUGAGCUGUUCACUCCGCUGACACCAGAUCUGGAGAUGACUCUAUCCGGUUUAAGGGAACAUUUGGGACGUGUUCUGCCUUCAUUCAUGGUUCCUUCCGCGUUCAUUUACUUAAGGCAUCUUCCGUUGACUCCAAGUGGGAAAACUAAUCGAAAAGUACUUCGCGAGCAUGCCGCGACGACCAGCAGGAAAUCGCUGGAGACCUGCAAAGCACGCGCCCUUUCCACAGCUGGGCCCUCGACUGACCGUGAAAAGUUAGUUCGGAGCAUAUUUGCGCACGUUCUAUCAAAGGAGGAGGAUGAGAUCGGCAUCCAUGACAACUUUUUCUCCCUGGGAGACUCGAUAUCGGCCAUGCAAGUGCUCAAUGCUUGUCGACGGGAAGGGCUGCAUCUCACUAUGCCGGAAUUUCUGGUGAAUAACUCUGCUUCUCUUGUCGCAUCCUCGGCAACUACGGGCGAGAUAUUCCCUCUGAGUCCCAUCCAGUCUAUGUUCUGUGACAUGGCCCCUAACAUUCAUUCGCGGUUCAACCAAUCUUUUUUCGUCGGUGUGGAGCAGGACUACAGCGUUCCCGAAUGGGAGCAAGCGUUGCUACAGAUUGUUGACCGUCACCCAAUGCUGCGGAUGCGCCUUGAAUCUCGGUAUGCACAGAUCAUUACCUCCGAUGUCAAAGGCUCAUUCACCUUGUCGAGUCAUCAAGUGCUGCAGACUGAAGAUGUCUCCGAGAUUGUGGAACUAGCUCAAGCAAGGGUGGACCCUGUUAAAGGUCCUCUUCUCGCCGUCGAUCUCAUCAGCACAGCUCAGGGUGGCCGGUACGCUUCCUUUGUAGCGAGUCAUAUGGUUGUGGACUUGGUGUCCUGGAGAAUAUUACUAGACGACCUUGAGAAUCUGCUCAAGGGCAGAAGCUUGCCUGUUGAGCAUCCAUUAUCGUUCCAGGAAUGGGUAGGCCUGCAAAUUGAACAAUGCACGGACUACCGUCCUCAGCAAGUAUUGCCUUUUGGCAUGCCUCUUAUUGACACGUCUUAUUGGGGCCUGGCGCCACAUGAAAAUUUGUUCGGAGACGGUCUAUUUGAGGAAUUUUCACUUGACCUUUGUACAACCCACAUCCUCAUGGGAGAGGCCAACGAAACAUUCGGCUCCCGGCCACAGGACAUUUUGAAUGCGGCUUUAUUGUAUUCAUUUAUGGAGGUCUUUCGAGAUCGUGCGCCACCGACCAUAUUCAAUGAGAGCCACGGCCGAGAGCCUUUCAAUGCAGAUAUUGACCCUUUCGGAACUGUCGGUUGGUUUACCACAAUUUGGCCCUGUAUAGUCGCCCAGGCUCAAGACUAUAGUUUUACGGAACUGGUGCGCCGAGUCAAAGACUCGUCCAAGCAUGUACCAGGGAAUGGACGACCAUACUUCAGUUCGCGGUACGUGAGUCCCCACUGCAAGGAAGCUUUCGCAUCCCAUAGCCCGGUAGAAAUCCUUGUCAAUUACGCCGGUCAAUACCACCAACUUGAGCGUCGAGAUUCUCUAUUCUCCCAGCCAGCAUGGAGACCGGAUCCGAGGCUAGACGUUGCUAGGGAUAUGCCGCGCUUUGCUACAUUUGAUGUGUCUUUUGAAGUGACCCGAGGCCGACUCUGUGUCUCUUUCUUUUACUCUCGAUACUCCAAGAGACAACCCGACAUCAGAUUAUGGAUCUCAAAGUUUCAAAGGACCUUAAACGUUGAGGUCCAGCAGCUGAUGGGAUUGCCACGUCAACUGUCAUUGAGUGAUAUUCCUCUUGUUCAUACUGAUUACACAGAAUUAUCUGCUCUGCAGAACAUUGUUCAGACCUCCCUGGGGGUGCCUUCCAUUUCUUGUGUGGAAGACAUCUACCCCUGCUCCGACGCCCAUGCGGGCCUUAUUGAGGGUUUCACUGGCACCGCCUCUCUACACAAAGUUCGCUCUCUUUGGCAGAUCAAAAAUACCAAAAAUCUGGAUGCAUGCACCGUCGCUGAUGCCUGGAAUCGGGUGAUCCAGCGGCACGCCGUGAUGCGAACUGUUCUCUUGGACUGCGGCCUAAAGGCUCAUAAAUGGCUCCAUGUCGUUAUGAAGCAAGUUCCGUCGGAUAUUCCAAUCUUGCAUUCUGCCUCGCCUGAGACAGCAAAACAGAAACUAAUGCUCCUUGGACAACCCAAGUCAGAGUGGAAACGUCCGUCUAAUUUCUUUGCAGUGUGUCAAAGUGCGGAAGGGCAAGUCUUCUUCAUGUUCGAGUCGGGGAGUGCUCUCAUUGAUGCUGCUUCGUUUUCUAUUCUUUUGCAUGAUCUCAAUCUGAUACUCGACGGAGGAGAGCUCAGCGGACCGUCUCAUCGCUAUAGGGAAUACAUAUCGUACCUUGGCAAGACACCGAGCAAUAAGGGUUUGCUGUACUGGGAGAAUGUGCUGUCUGGUGUGCAGCCUUGCCUUUUCCCUCAGCUCCACCCGUGUUCCUCAACUCCUAGUGACAUCAGACGGCCGCACACGUUCAAGCGCUUCAUGCCAAAUUCGGAGCCACUCCACUUGUUCUGUAGAGACAACGGGCUGACCGCAACCAACGUCUUUCAGUUGGCUUGGGCACUUGUGCUGCGACUGUACACAGGUCGUGUUGACGUGUGUUUUGGGACGCUAGUGUCUGGCCGAGACAUUCCUCUACACGGUGUCAUGGAAACUGUCGGUCCUUUUUUUAACGUUCUCCCAUGUAGUUUGCACCUAGCAGGGGAGAUCACUCCUCUGCAACUUCUUCGACAGAAUCAGGCCGCAAUGCAGUUCCGCCUCGAGAAUCAGCAUUGCUCGCUCCUGGACAUUAUUAGAUGCACCGGGUUGGAGCUGGAUGGACUUAUAAAUACCUGCCUCACCGUGCAGCCUGCAUUGUCUUCUUCUUUCUCAGUAAAGUGCAACCAAACGGACGUUGGUUUUGAGCUCCUGGAGUAUGACGAUCCCACUGAGUUUGCCAUAUGUUGUGUUGUUUUGUUGUCGCCUACAAUGUUAGAACUCAACAUACGCUAUUCCGAUACCAUCUGCACAAUGGAGGAUGCCGCCAAAAUAGCAGACCAUUUUACUGAUGCUGUGCACUGGAUUGUACAUGGCACAAAGGAUACUGUAAACCAAUUUUCCAAAAUUCCCUAG